GCCAAAACUGUUCCGCCUCUCGUUUCAUGGCCACCGUGUUCGCGUCCAUUUCCAGCUGCGCUUCUCUUUCUUCCCCAUUCCAUGGUGGAAUCCCUCCUACCGAUGCCACCUUUGAUCCGCGAACUGUCACCUUUCGUUCUCUGAUCCCGGUCGCCGGGCUUCCUCCUCCCGCCCCACAUGUAAAAUGGAGGAUCUCGAGGUGGAACGGAGAUCGCUCUUAUCAAAUCUGCGCAUUCUCCGUUUCUCCUCUGUGGUCCUUGGUCUCUGCAACGUGGCGAUUAUCCUCACGGCCGGCGUGCUGGUGGGUUCGCUCCAUCCCGGCUGUUCCGGCGCCGACCGGCUUGCGCUUGCCAUCAUCUCGCUUGUCGCGGUCGUUCGGAUCGUUUACAUGGUCGCAGCAGGGAAGGCGCAGCAGGACACGGCGGAGUCCAUUGUCAGAAAUGUUCUGGAAGGUCCCGUCGAUGUCGAUUCCUUGAUCCGCUACGAGAGACGGAUGAGAUACAAGAAAUGGUUAUGGUGGACCCGGUUCGGCAUGCUGGUCACUGCACUGCAAUUUCUAGUAGCGCUUUUUCUCCUCUGUGUCUUUGCUAAAGACUUCUCCACGGGCACCAAUGCAAAUAAUAAUUGCUUGAGUGGACUCAAAGAUACAGCAUGGAAGAAAAUAUUGUUCAUUUCUUUUCUUAUUCUUGUUUGGCUGGUGGUUAUCAUUCAGUGUUCCACUGGUUCUGAUGUAUUAAAAUGGAGAUCCUUUUAUGCAACCCAUGAUGCCGCAUGGAAAGCUCAUUACCGUGAAGUUUUUGACCAUGGUAUUCGAGAAGUAUUAUGUUGCCUAGGGCGUGCAAAAUACCUGAGUGUCUUGGAAGAAGAUGAAGUUUAUUCUGUUGCAAGAUUAUUAGGUGAUCUGGUAGCAUACCGGGCAUCAGGAACAGGGCAUUUGGAGUUGUUAGCAGGACUUGCAUUACUGCAGAAGCAUAAACCAGCUUCUUUGCCACCCACCAACUUUGUUGAGGCACCUGAUGUUCAUCUUCAUGAGGCUGCUGCUCUCCAUCAGUUUGCUGAAGCCUCAUAUACAGGACCACUUCUUGAUUUUGGAAGAAAUCCUAUCCUCUUUCCAUGCGCCUGGCUGCACAGACAAGGAGUUUUAUGCCCAUGGGCCCGUACUAGGCGACCUAAACUUGAAGGUGAUAACUGGUGGCGAGGUCAUGCAGCAGCCUUUCUAAAGUAUGUUAACAUGCCACCAGAAGCUCUUCGUCGUGGGCGUGUUAAUCAGACAAAGUGUGAGGCUGCUUAUUUUGUUAUUGUUAUACACAACCUUAAAUCUAUAGUUAUUUCAGUACGUGGGACAGAGACUCCUGAAGAUCUUUUAACAGAUGGUUUAUGUAGAAACUGCACACUUUCAACAGAUGACUUGGAUGGAAUAAUUAAUAGCGACCAACUUCCUGAAAAUAUCAAGGAAAGUGUUCUCUCAUCAUUCCCACAUUAUGGUCAUUCAGGGAUAGUUGAGUGUGCACGAGAACUUUUCAUGCAGAUUGAUGGGCAACCUCAUGAAAAAGAUGACUUGCCAUCCAAGCAAUCUGGAUUCCUUGCUUCUUUGGUGGGAGUAGGAUGUGAAUGCUAUGGAUACAAAAUUCGUAUUGUAGGGCAUUCAUUAGGAGGUUCUGUUGCAGCAGUACUAGGACUGAGAUUAUUUGCUCGAUAUCCAAACUUGCAUGUGUAUUCAUAUGGACCGCUUCCUUGUGUUGAUUCAGUUGUAGCCGAGGCGUGUUCAAAAUUUGUUACUUGCAUAGUAUACAAUGAUGAAUUUUCUGCACGGCUUUCUGUCAAUUCCAUCCUCAGACUUCGUGCUGCUGCCAUUGGUGCUAUUUCAACUGAUUCUUUAACCAAUUCAGGGAUGAUUCCAAAGAUUGUCAGCAGAAUUCUUCCUUUGAAGAGGUUACAUGACGAUGAGAAAGAGGGAAUUGCUCCUGCUCCAGUUCCUGGGGAAGGCACUAUUGCAGUAAUUGAUAGUAAGCCUAAAAAGAAUCAUUUGAAGUAUACUAUCAAAGGCAGUGUUUUUCUUUGUAGUCAAGCAGUUUCUUGUGUGGUGGAUAUGCCUAUGCCUAAUCACGGUCCUAGAUCCCAUUUUAUUAAUGGUAACAAAACAUCUCCAAGAACAUCACAGAUAAAUGGCGCACCUACUGAAGAACUAGAGCUUAUUGUUACAGGGAACAGUCAUACUGAUCAACAGCUAUAUCAUGAUGGAACUUAUAUCUUUGAUGAAUCAUCUUCUGAAUUUCCUCGGGAGGGCAAUCACUCUCAUUUGAGUGCAGAAGUUCCAUUUGAGAGUCCUGAAAAUUUGUUUCACUGUGGUGAUCGAUCAUCUUCAUUCAUGGGUGACCAAGUAUCCUGUGUCCAGAACAUGGAGGAAAAAUAUGUUGAGGUCUAUAUACCAGGUCUCGUUAUUCAUAUAAUCCGAAUUCGGAAAAACACUUCACCCAUGUGGAAAAGCUGGAUAACUACUGAUGCUGAGUAUGACUAUAAGGCUUUUCUUGCAAACAGGGAAAGUUUCAAGGAUAUUGUUGUCUCACCCUAUAUGUUCCUGGAUCAUCUACCGUGGAGGUGUCAUUAUGCAAUCCAGAAAGCUCUGGGAACUUGCAAAUAUAACAGUCAGGAUGCUAAUGAUCUGUCUAACGAGGAGAAUGAAGUAUAACCACUGUUUAAUCUAAUUAUGCUGCUUUACUGAGUUAUAUUAGCACAAUAUAACUAUUGACACGACCUCAGCUGAGAACUUGCAAGCCACAUGUGAUGUUGACACCAUCGUCUUAAACUUCAAUUGAAGAAACAAUGCCUACUUUUGCAGUUGCUUCUGAUGCCGCCAUGCCAAAUGGCUUGUUCUGGACAUGCUCUUUCUUUCUGUUGUGAUUCAGCACGUAUUAUAAAGCCAUAACGCCGGCCCUCAAUUUGUUUUUUACUGAACCUAAGCAGAGCUUGUUUCUGAUAUCUUCCUCUUUUCCAAUGUAAAAGGAGGUAAUUUCAGAAAGCAAAAGAAGGUAUGCAUCCUUCUGUGUAUAUUAUGAUGUAUAUUCUUACUUAUUCUUCAACAGCAUUUCUUUUCCCCAGUCAACUUGUACUGAGGUAUAGUUCAGCGACGUGGUUAACUGGUUACUAGGAGAUAUCUUAUGUCAGUAAACUUGUAUAAUGGUGCAGCUCAGCAAUGAAACGACCAUAAAGGAAAUAUUCACCUCUUUUAAUGUACUUGUUGGCUGCAGAAUCGGUAAUCCUAAAGAGUCUAUAACUUUGCUGGGAGUUCCUCGAUGUUAACAUCGUCAGAUCUGUCCAUGUAUGGUGAUUGUUACAGAGCUUUUGACAGAACAAAGUAACACUUUUUGGCUGCUGAAAUACUUCAGAUCUGUCCAUUCAAAUUUAGUUUUUAAAUACUUUUCUUGGGAAAUAGAUAGUGAAUCGGUUUACUGGCAUUGA